AGCAUUGUCAUCUGCUUUACUAAAGGAUUCUUAACUUUCCCUUUAAGUAGCAGUUCACCAAAUACAUUUUGGUCUGUUUAACAUUGUAACUUUGUUGACAGAAAGACUUGGAAUUCUUGGAAAAUAAUUAUUCAUUCGCUAUUCAGUGUCUAGUACGUGAUUGCUAGUUGUAAGGAGCUAUUGAUUUUCCAAGUAAUGGUUAAGAAUGAUAAAGUGUUACUGUGAGUGUAGUGUAAACUGUUAUUGAAAUUUUAAUGCAAGCUGUUUCCAAACAGGCCUUUUAAGAGACAUGGUCUUUUACUAAAUGAGUUAUAGAUGUGGGCAAGCUAGUCAGGAGUGUGACUAGAUUAAUACAAGAGAUGUUGUAGCAGAAUUACAGGAUGGGUGUCCAUGGUGGGAGGGGGCAGAUAUCCUACCAAGCCUGCUAGAUAGAGAGACUGGAGUAUGAGUGAGUGUGGGAACAAAAGCAGUGGACGACCUGGUCCCCACCCCAGGACCUUACCAUCUAGUUGGGGAAAGGGAAUACACAAGAAACAACUGAGGAAUUCAAAGCAGCAAGCUAAGGGCUUAAGUAGGUAAGGGGAAAUCAUAAGGAGGGGAAGAGAGAUGAGCCUGUGUUACCAGUGUUUGCAGUGGGAGAAAGAAAGAAGUCGGUUAUUAAAAAGUAUAUAUUUCAAUCGGACAAAUGAGGAGGUAAAACAAUUUAUCUAUGGGCACAGAUUUCAUAUAGGCAGCUGUAAAAGACCAGGUGCUCUGUGCACCAUCCAUCCUCAUCUCCAACCAUCCAUUCCUGUGGGAAACAAUGCCAGACAACUGGGACUUUGGAGCCGGUGGUCCUGGGUUUGAAUCCUGACUUCACUCCUUACUGACUGAGCUUUUGAGCUUCUGUUUCCUUUCCUGUAAAAAUGAGGAUAAACAUCAACCUCAAAAGACUGUUGGGAGGAUUAGAGACUGUGCAUAUAAAACAUCCUGGGAUAUGGUGAAUGAUCAAUAAACAACAGCUAUUUCACUCAACAUUUAUUGACCUUGGUGCUGGGGAUCCGAAGAUGAAUAAGUCACAGUCCACGGGCCCUCCCUCAAGGAGCUCCCAGUCUAGUGGGAAGUGCAAACCAAGAUCAGCUAAUGACUCAGUACAGAGAGGAACAGCUAUGGCAAACCUGUGCACAAAGUGGAAGUGCACAAAGUGAGGGGACCACAUCUGCUCUGUGGGGAGGGAGGGAGCCAGGAAAGGCUUCACAGAGUCCUAAGACACAACUGAGUUUGCCAGAUGGAGAAUGGGAGGAAGUCCAUUCCAAGCUGCUGAACCAGUAUGUGCAAAGGCAGAGUCCUGAAAACAUAAGGUCUCCAGAUGAUGAAGCUAUGACCAAAGGCAUCCACUCCAGGCAGCCAUCUGCCCUGCAGCGAUAGCCCACAAUCCCACGCUCUGCCUCUGCUUGCUUUCAGACUGUCGGUGCAGCCUCCAGGCCCUGCCCUGGAGAUGGAUGCGAUGCCAGGACCCUGGUGUGCCCCAUGAUGCCCCCAGCCUAGUUCCUCCGCACACUUUGGCACAAUGUUAGCCAACUUCUCCGUCAACACUUCUACCAACAGCUCUGAUCUCCCGUGCCCUGACUACCGGAACACCCACUACCUGCACAUGGUGGUCUACAGCCUGGUGCUGGCCACAGGGCUCCCGCUCAACGGGCUGGCCCUUUGGGUCUUCCUGCGUGCGCUGCGCGCACACUCCGUAGUCAGCGUGUACAUGUGCAACCUGGCGGCCAGCGACCUGCUCUUCACCCUGUCUUUGCCCGUGCGCCUCUCCUACUACUCGCUGCACUAUUGGCCCUUCCCAGACCUCCUGUGCCAGACGGCCGGAGCCAUCUUCCAGAUGAAUAUGUAUGGAAGCUGCAUCUUCCUCACCCUCAUCAACUUGGACCGCUACGCCGCAGUCGUGCACCCGCUGCGGCUGCGUCACCUGCGGCGGCCCCGUGUGGCACGACUGCUCUGCCUGGGCGUGUGGGCGCUCAUCCUGAUGUUCGCCGUGCCCACCAUGCUCGUGCACAGGCCCUCGCCCUGCAGUUACCGCGGCCUCCAGGUGCGCCUGUGCUUCGAGAGCUUCAGCGACGAGCUGUGGAAGGGCAGGCUGCUGCCGCUGGUGCUGCUGGCGGAGGCGCUGGGCUUCCUGCUGCCCCUGGUGGCCGUGCUCUACUCGUCCGGCCGGGUCUUCUGGACUCUGGCGCGGCCCGACGCCACGCAGAGCCAGCGGCGGCGGAAGACGGUGCGGCUCCUGCUGGUCAACCUGGUCAUCUUCCUGCUGUGCUUCGUACCCUACAACGCCACGCUAGCCGUCUACGGGCUGCUGCGGGGCAACUUGGUGGUGGCGAGCCACGAGGCCCGCGAUAAGGUGCGCGGGGUGCUGAUGGUGAUGGUGCUGCUGGCAGGCGCCAACUGCGUGCUGGACCCGCUUGUGUACUACUUCAGCGCCGAGGGCUUCCGCAAUACCCUGCGCCGCCUGGGCUCUCCGCUCUGGCCCAGGACCUUGACCACCCACAGGGAUGGGGAGGCCCUCUCCCAAAGGCCAGCUGAGAGCACCCAUAACACCACGAUGGCAGCUGCCAGGCAGGAACUGCUCAGGCACUCCGAUCCCAGGACACCCUUCACCCAGUGCCCCGAGGACUCUGCUUUCUGAACCGCAGGCACAUAAGGCCCUAGCUGGAUCACCCCUACCCCCCACCCCGUCCCCUCGCUUCUCACUCGCAGACUUUCAGGGGGCACACAUGAAGGAGGUGGAUCGGACACUUGGACUUCUGGGUGGCGACUCCAGCUCAUAAAUGCAGAAAAGAACAAAGUGUGGGAGCAAGGGAUACAGGGAAGGAAGAGUGCUGGUGGAAAUGUCUUCUUUAAAUUGGUAGUGAUGGUGAGCAUAGGUAUGACCCCUUCCCUAAUCCAUAGGAAGUGAUGCUGUGAGCCUGCCAGUGUAGAGGCAGAGGACUGGAUGAAAUGCUCUUGGCAAGGGCAGGAGGAGUUGAAACACUGCGGAGAGCUGGUCGAUGGAGCAGAAAAAUGGGUGUCCUGGAUUUAGUCUUAAGGCCAUAGAUGUCACUUACUUUCAUUUCUACCUGGGCUUCCCCUGCCCAGCAUAGAGGCAUAAUACAAGAGUUUAGUGGAUACAAGCAGAACUGGUUUCCUUCUUGAUUAGAGACCUGACACCCAGCAUGGGGUGGUUGGGGGCUGGGCAAAACAGUGAGUUAGGUUUUUUUUCCUCAAAAAUCUUUGUCUCUGUUCCCCUUUUUAGGUCUUUUCUUCUCCUUCCACCCAAACUCCUUUCAAGACCUCCUCCAUUCCAGGUCCUAAAUCCUAGCGACCCCCCUCCCCCAUCUACAAUAAGGAAAAAAUUCUUUGUACUAAAAUAGCAGUUCUCAAACGUUUUGGUCUCAGACCCUUCUUUUACACUGUUAAAAACUGAGGAUUCCGAAGAGCUUUUGCUUAUACUUUGUUCUUUUAAUUCUUACCAUAUUAGAAAUUAAAACUAAGUUUUUAAAACAGAAAUACACAAGCACACAUUCCAUUAGCUGUGAGAGCAACGGUAACACAUUUCAUGACGCCUCUGGAAAAAUCCACUGUAUACGUGUGAGAGGAUGAGAGGGAAAAGGACAAAUGACAUCUUAGUAGUAUUACUAUGAAAAUUGUUUUGACCUGGUGGACUCCUCAGAGUGGGUCCCCAGAUCACACUUUGAGGACCAUUUCAGAAUUCGUGUGUAAUUUCUUCCCAGGCAUUAUGUACAUUGUUUUUUAGUACUGUGGGAGAGAGCAAUGCUCAAGAAACCAAUUGCUAAUUGUAGUCUUGAAGGCUUGGGGUCUUUUUUUGGGGGGUGGGGGGUGGGGAGGCAGUAAGAGCUGCACACCAAAUGGAGCACUGCUUUAGGCUUCCUGGAGCAGCCGCCCCGAAGGUGGGGGUGGAACUAGUCACACACACAGGCGGCGAGGGUGGGGCUUCUCUGGGAGGCAAAAGGAACUGAACUGUGCCACAGCCCAGGAAGAAGAGUUCACAGGGAAGUUUGAGUGUGAUGGGAGGACAAGAACAGAUAGGCUGGCUGCUCUUGUCAAGCUGGAGGCAAGGGAAGUGGAAGACUGGUUUAGGGGCCACUAAUGUUUCUUUCCCUCUUUACUGGAAUCUGGGGCUGGGAAGGAUUGCAGAGUUGGCACUAUGACAUCUUGAGACCCUCACAUUAGUGAGGGAGGUGUUGCCAUGCAUAUAUCCUGUGUGUAUUUCUGUCCCUAUGUCUCUCAAUGCUGUAUGUUUCUGUGUGUGUGUGUGUGUGUGUGUCUGACAGAGAGAGAGAGAGAGAGAGAGAGAGAGAGAGAGAGAGAGAGAGAGAGAGAGAGAGAGAGAGAGAGAG